UAGCUUUUGCCCCUUCUCUUUCUCCUUUUUUUCUUUCAAAAGCGCUUUUGAGAAAGCUAUGGUGGUGAAAAUCUAUGGCAUGGCUUCGGCCGUUUGCCCUCAGAGAGUUAUGCUAUGCCUCAUUGAGAAGAAAGUUCCCUUUGAGAUUGAUUUGGUUGAUCUAUCCAAAAUGGAGCAUAAGGAGCCUCACUACAUGGCCAAGCAGCCGUUUGGGCAAAUUCCAUAUAUUGUAGAUGGGGAAUUUGAGCUUUUUGAAUCGCGUGCAAUCAUCCGCUACUAUGCGGCGAAGUACGCAGAGACAGGCAGCAAACUAUUAGGCGAGAAUCUUGAAGAGCGCGCGCGAAUAGACCAAUGGAUCGACAUAGAAGCCAUAAAUUUCAACCCACUAGUCUUUCCCAUUGUCUUCAACCUUUUCAUUCUGCCAAAACAAGGCCUGGCAGGCAACAAGGCCGAAGCUGACUCCUUUGCCAAAAGGCUCUCCAAGGUUCUGAAUGUGUAUGAGAAGCAGCUGUCCAAGACAAAGUACUUGGCUGGGGAUUGUUUCACACUCGCUGAUCUCACUCAUAUUCCCACCAUGCGUGCGCUUGUUGAGGGAUGUGGAAUGGGUUGCAUUUUGGAUGAUAAGAAGUUUGUGAAAGCUUGGUGGGAAGUGAUUCGAGCCCGACCGGCGGUGGAGAAAGUUUUGGAGUUCAUGGAGUCCGGCGCACUUCAAUACUCACCGUGAUUGAUAGAGAAUGAUUUCGGUUGGGAAUGCUUUCCUGCUGUUUCUUAAAACAAUUUUUUAAUAUAAAAUUUUUAAUUUUUAUAUUAAAAAACUGUUUUAAGAAGCAGUAAGAAAGCUGUCCCAAAUCAAGCAUGAGUUUCUAAAAUAGUUGUGUUGGCAUGAGUUAUGAAGCACUCAGCCUGUCAAAGUACUUGGGAUUGGAUGAGCUCUGUCUGCUUUACCUGAUUGGGUCACAGGCUGCACAAUUUCUGUCUCUUUAGAAUAAUUUGAUUGAUUUUUAUUUAAAGAAAGACCUUUGAAGUCUCAAA